GAUGAUGGACAACAAGUUAAAUCAACUAUGUAAAAAUCUUUUUUUCCUUAACGUGCAGACUCCUCGUCAUAAGUUCAUACAUUAAAGUAAAAGAACAAAACAUAUUUCUGCUGCACGAGGUAACAUAUUUACGAUGCCAAUUUUACUUAGUCAACUUGGCUUUUUUUUAAAUAGAAUCGACUGAAGAAGACACGAGGCGUCUGGGAGCUGUCUUACUUUUUGUUUUUGUGGUCAAGUAAAGGCCCUUGAUGAGUAGGUCUGUGCUGGGAAAACAAACUGAUCGUGCUGGUCCAAUUUCACUGAAGGCUGACCUCGGGUCUUUGAUCAGAUCCGACAGUCAAUUUCAAGGGUUCCUGCUCACGUGUGAGAAAAAACAAACAAACGAAUGAACAAAAGUGCAAAGCAAAAAAUAAACCAAACAGAACAAGGUACGUGAGCAGUUCUGGCGAAAAAGUCAAUGUUCCGAAAGAAGAGAGUGGCGCCCACUUUCACCCAGAAAAAAAGUUUCAUUUGAUCAAUAAAUAGUUUAACACUUAAAUAUCAAACUGACUAAAGAGGUUAUCUGGAGUGGAUAAUUAUGAUGAAAUUAUGAAACGUCUCGACGAACAAACAGCUGUGGAACUUGAGUUGCAUGUCAAAUGAGCGAAGUGGUUCAAAUUGACGAGUUUUUUCCCUCUUUUUUUUUUUUGGACAAGCUGGAGUCAUACCGGAAAAAGGCCCCCGGCUCAUUGCCAGCCUCCAUCUGUAAAAUUUGCUGCCAAAUUGCUAGAAACACGUAAGAGGUUAUACACAAUAGCUAGUUCAUGAUUUUUUUUUACUUCAAAUGAAAGCUUUUUCUUUGCUUAUCAGUUGUUAAAAAUGUCGUGGUUAGCACUGCGGAACUAGUAAUAGGCGACAAGAGAAAUCUGGAGUCUUGUUGAAAGUUCAUAGUCGGGGGAUGAAACCUUAGUGUGGAACGAGUGCACUGACUAGUAUUUCAAUGCGGUGCUGUUUAUUCCAAGGUACCAUUACAGCGGCCUUGAAAGGAAAAUACCAGAAAAAGUCCCCUUGUCUCAAAAGUUCAAUGGGAAACAGUGGCAAAUGAAUAAGGCUUGGUUGUUGUCGCCGCUCUCUCGAGUCCGGUCACGUUCCUCCCUAAGAAGUGCUUCCGUUGGAGAAGCGCGACGUUCUUAUAAAUGUAAACGUCCUUUUUCAAACGAGGACGGCACGAAGGUUUUAAGGCAAGAAAGGAUCUCUAUUACAAGAAUAAACGCUCGGACCUUGAGGAAAAAGACCGACUGCAAGCAGUGUUGACUGAGCACGCCACAUGCGUCAGCUGACAGGGACAUGUAAAGGGUAUCAUUCCGGAGCUAAAGUUAUGUGGCGAUUUUGUAGUAGAUGAAACUCUAGACUCGAAAGAAAGAAGUCGAGUGUUUUCAUUUAGUAUUGUUUAGCAUACUGCGUGUGUUGCAUGUGGUCGAAUGUAUCUGCCUAUAUUUAAUUUGACUGAAAUUGUGUAACCAUUCCAAUCGAACUCCGAGAGUUGAGCAGUACUUUAACAUGGAAGUGUUUCUGUUGCGUGUCCCUUCAAGCCACUACGAGUUGGUUCUAAUUUGCUAUUUUUUAUGCUUUGAAUGAAGCCGUAGUAUGUGACCAUUUAAAUUAAGGAUAUCAGUACUUUUAUGCCACGGUGAAGUUUUGAAUUUAUGGAUAAACUCCUAGUGUGUGGCCUUUGAAAUGAAAGCCAUUGAUCAGUCCACUUUCACGUGGUGCUAUUUAAUUUUCAAUAUCACUGGGGACGGCUUCUUUCUUCUAUUUAACUUGUUUAUGUACUUUAAAGACUUCCGUAUAUUAUGAUACGAUGUUUCCUAAGUAAUUGUUGUUUUUCAGUGAUAAAUUGCUUGUAAUUGACUCAUCUAUUUUCGCGACCAGAAUAGACCAUGUUUAAGCUUUGAAAAACAUCUCUUAUCGUCUUUGUUUGGAGGAUCUAGAUGAAGAUGCUGGAGUCUUAGUUCAGUUAUAUUUCAGCCCAUUACUCAGCGAGUAGAUCGCAGAUCAGUCAACUGCCAGUUAAAAAAACGGAUCAUUUCUUAGAUGACAAUUUAAAUUUUGACAAAUUCUUAGCAUGCUCAGCUUUCAUUAAGCCCAUCUGGACCCUCUGUUUUUAAUUAGCUUCGUAAGAGAUAUAUCUAGCAUUACUGAUGUCACCAACUGUAAAUUAAUGAUAACGUGUCUUAAAAGCUUCAAACGGUUCAAGGUGACACUCUCUACGGGAUUACCGCUUCCUUCUCGACACGCCCACCUACCGCCUUGCACAGAAACCCUUGCUUCGAACAUUGCUGUUAGGAUCGUCUCUUGCCUACAAAAAGAACGAUUCUUUAACAAAUCCUUUUGUUAUGCAUACGCUGUGUUAACAGCAUCUUGUCCUAUUCAAACUGUAACGCAUGCAUAGACUUUCUCAAAGACCUUUUUUUUUGCAGCAAGUCUACUGCAUGUGCAAGGCGGUCUAAACAUGGCAACUUGUACUUGAGGCCUCACCAUAAAUUCCGAAUCUCUAAUUUUCUUUCGUUUUAAAAUAAAAUUAUUCUAUAUUCUGGUUUUCUACUUAGGUUGAUUAAAAAGCUCUUCAUUUAGAACUGGAGAAGACCUACAAAAACAUCUUUGGAUAAAUUUUUCCGAUACUUACCUGAGACCCUCAGGAUGUGAACCUCUUUCGGCAUACUCUCGCCAUGCAGAUGUAAUCUUUGGGGCAUGACCUCCUAUCGCAACCAGAAUGUAUUGAAUGCGGUUUUAUCCACGCAAGGAUAUAUGUAAAUAUAAUGACCUGUUUUGAUGUCUACGUGCUCACUUACAAGGGAUGAAUUUCGUUACUACAGGAUUUUUGGUUACUUACUUCCCAACAUGUUGAUCUAAUUUAGUUACCCAUCAAAACAAGGACGAUUGAAACAGAGCUGCUUGUCACACCAGUGAGUCUGAAAAUCGUACCGUUACUCUCCGUGGCUCCAAAAGCUGAUGAUUAUCUUGACAGCGAAGGUAAAUCGUUUCUUGUUCGACUAAUCAAAUGGAAAAUCAAACGUCGUUGCAGCCGACUUUGCGAAGUAAUGAGACCAUUGUACGAUCCAACUGGACAUCAGUAAGUGCAUCACCAACGACCAUUUUCGUGGGAGAAACAAUUACAGCUCAGUUUCAAAUUCCUAAACUUGUUCUUUAUGGAGUUAUCUUGACGCUGAGCAUUCUUGGUAACGCGGCAGUUGUUUACAUUAUCUUGCAGUCUCGGCGAAGAAUUCGUAAGACAUCUUAUGUCCUUUUGGUCCUUAACUUGGCCAUCUGUGAUGCAAUUACACCCAUCAUAAGCAUUCCUAUCGACUGGGUUUUUGAGGAAUAUGACUACAGGUGGACUCUUGGAGCAGUCCUGUGUAAACUUCUUUGGCCUCUUCAGACAAUGUUCUCCACUUCGUCAGCGCUCACUUUAGCUAUGAUUUGUUUUGACAGAUACCGCGCAGUUGUCCACCCUUUCAAGGCACGCAGGGUGACAAAAACGCAUAUCAAGCACUGUAUCUUCGCGAUUCACUUCACGUCGUGUAUAUUCGUAAUACCUUACGUCGUUGUUCUGGAUCUGAAAGGAGAUGACUGCGAUGAGCAUUGGCCAUCUCCUGUCACCAGUUACAGAAAAGCCUACACUUUGAUUCUCUUUCUUGUACAAUACGGGAUACCCCUUACUUUGAUGGUAACUCUGCAUAGCUUAGCAUUAAAAACUCUUUGUGGUCAAUCUAAGCAUCUUAGAGAAGGAAGCACACACUCGAAGGCGUCCGAAUCGAUAUCAAGUAUGCAAUUCAGAAUUUCCGCUAGGAAGAAGAUGCAGAACAUUCACGUUACUAAAAUGUUUGUUAUGAUUGUCAUGGUGUUUGCACUGAGUAUGUUUCCCAACCAAGUCUUAUGGCUUUGGGUAGAUUUUGGCAAUGGUGGCAAAAAUGAAUACUUUGUUAUCAUAUCAGCAGUUUGCAGGUUGUUCACGUAUUCGAACAGUGUUCUUAAUCCUGUUAUUUAUGGCUUUUACAGCCGGGAGUUGCGCUCUAGCAAGGCAAAACUCACGAGUACUACUACUUCCGCGGGAAGGAACCCAGGCAUACAUUCUUCAGGUUUUAGAUACGCAGAACAUAGAUCUGCACAUGACGCAGAUAAAGCAGAUUUAGUAAAUCGCGGACAGCCUGACACAAGACACGAGAGAGCGAUUCAUUGCAAAUUCCCCGCUACAGGCGAGCAACGUCUUUUGCCAAAAUCUCUCUUAGGGUCUAUCAAAAAUCAUCCACUCGCAUUAAAAAAGGAUUGCCAUAGGAAUGAAGCUGCCCAAGGUCCCAUGAAACCGAUUGAAAACUGUACAAUCGCCCAAAAUGGUGUUCUGCGGAGUCCAUUAAGCCCUCUGCAUAACAGCGAGUCGGCAGAAGGGAUGCAAAAUGUGUUUUCCAUUCCUGAUUACACACAAAGGCAUUUUGAUAACAUUCGUGAAAGCAACUGUUGAGUUAAAACUGGCCCCUUGAUUCUUAGGCUUUUAAACGAAAUUACAUGUAAUUGCCAUGUCAAUGACAACUAGCAAGAUGGCAAUGGACUAAUGGAUAAUUUCUACUUUCAACAGCUAAUCCUCGUUAGUCGCGUACUCGUCCGGGAUGAUAGAAACAACAACCACCAACGUGUUGCUAACGAAACCAACCUUUACCUGUAUGCUAUGUGGAUCAUGGAUCAAUAAAUCUAUUAAGGGAACGAUAUACUCAACUAAAGAAUUCCACAAAUAGAGGAUAUUACAUGGUCCCUUGGAGAUAGGAGAUUUCUCUUCGAGUACGAAGAGAAAUUUUGUAUCUCCAAGCGGCCAUGUUAUGUUCUAUUUAUUACAUAAACACCAAUGAAAUACCAAGCCUUUCGCUGCGAAAAGCGCGACUCAUUAUAUAACCAUAGCAAUGGUGAUCCUUUUACUCUGGAGAUAACAUGUUAUUUUCACUUGUGGAGAUAUCAUGUUUUCGCACAUAAGCUCACCUGGUAUUUCAUUGAUGUCUAUAUAAUAAGAACUGUAUUUAAGCGUCGAGUAUUUAGCUGCAAUAACUAAUUGUAAACGCUACACCUAAGAACUUAGCUUUCAAUGAAAAAAGUGUAAUUCUACAUAAAUUAUAUGAAAUAUGUUUACAAAUUAGUAAUAAUGCGUUAGGUAAUGAACAGACAGCAGAUUUUGAAAUGUGUAAAAUUUCAAUCAAAAUGGUAACAGGUCAACAGAAACAAUAAACCUACAGUGUAUAAAUACGUGGUUACUACCAUAACAUUAACGCAACAGUAAUAUAACAUAAAGUUUAAGAAAGCAACUUAAUCAGAUGAAGACAUUCAGGUCUUCGAUAUUUCAUGGCCACAUUUCGACUAGUAUUAUUUUCUUUUUUUUUUUUUAUCACAGUAGUCUCUUUAUUGAUUUGGCCUCCAGCACUUUCAAACUCGGUAAGGUCAAAGUAUUUGAUUAUUUUUUUUUCCCGUUACUUCAUAUUUAAUAAAGGUACUCAGAAUAUAAAGAUAGUAGAAGGAGAAUGAGGGAUUAAAACAGAUUUAAGAGUUAUUCCUUAUAAAAAAACUUAGGAUGAGUAGUUGACCAAUUUAAAGCUUUAGACAGAACCCAAAUGAAACUGAAAGAUAUGAAGAAAUAUUUUAUGUGUUGGUGAUGGUUGUUUUUUUUUUAUUUCUAUAUUUCUUUGUUUGUUGAUUUAUUUAAAAAACAGUUCCAUGUACAAACUUUUCUUAGCAUUCGGCCAUUCAAAUGAAACCUAUAAACUACAAAAACAGUA